CAGCUAGACAAUUCAUGUAAGCGACUUACUGGCACAGCUGGAUAAGUUCUCGAGAUGUAGAACUCUUUCCGCACCGGUCCGCAUCAUGAGGAAACAUACGACAAGGGACGAUUCGUGAAAUUUUCUUGGACUGUUUGUGGGGACUUUCUGAGAGGCUGGAGUCAAUGCAAUAUGUUGUGGGAUGGAUGAGGAGGAGCAGAACCGCUAUGUGGCCCAGCUGAAGGAGGAGUUUGACAGCUGUGAUACCACAGGCACUGGCUACCUGGACAAGGAAGACCUGACUGUCCUCUGCCAUAAACUGCAUCUGGACGCUCACCUUCCUAUACUGCUGGACACUCUGCUUGGACCGCACCAUUGUGCACGGAUUAACUUUGAGGAGUUUAAAGAGGGUUUUGUAGCAGUGCUGUCGCGCUCUCUAGACUUCAGCACCUCCGAGGAAGAGAGUAGCUACCUAGAGCCAGUCAUCCCAGAGGAGGUGAAGCCCAAGUUUGUGAAGGGAACCAAGCGCUAUGGCCGCAGGUCCCGACCCGAUAGGCCCGAAGCAGAGCUGACGGCGGACUCGGAAGAGUCGCCUACCUUCAGGGCCGAGCAAACAGAUUCGUCCCCAGCCGGUGUUAGGAGGGCCAAACUGCGGCGCUCCACUUCCCUGGAGAGCGUGGAGAGUCUCAAAUCGGACGAGGAAACUGGAAGUCAUAAGGAACCCAUCCACCAAAGCUUUGAAGCACAAGGCCAGCAGAAGCGAAGGAAGCAGGACAGCUCAGACUGCCUGCUCCGCUCCCCAGGGCCCCGGCUGGAGACGGUUGACAGCCAACUGAAGGGGAUGCUGGAGGAGCUGGGGGUGGGAGCAGGGGGCUUUCUGAACAAGGAGGAGCUGUCCCUGGUGUGUGACCACCUGGGUCUACAAGAGCUGCAGUCCGAGGAGCUGGAUGUUCUCUUCAGGAGGCUAGACACUGACCUGGAUGGGAGGGUCAGUCUCAGAGAGUUCCAGAAGGGCCUUCUCAGGGAGGGGGGAGUCCCUGGUACUACUUCAUCCUCCACUCCCCUACGCCCCAACACCCAGCGUUCACUUAUACAGGCCUUCGAGGAGCGGGCGGUGCGCUCCACCUCUCCUUCGCUCCUCUCCGCCACCGUGGGGCAGCGGCUGCUGAGCCGGCUGGAUGACGGGUCGGGCUGUACCAGCCCGGAGCGGGUCAUCGCUCUCUGGACCGAGGAAGGGAUCCGGAACAGCAAGGACAUUCUCCAGACGCUGGACUUCCCUUUGGAGGAACGGGUCAGUCUGGCUGAGCUAACUCUGGCCCUGGACAAUGAGCUGCUGGUCAGCGGCAAUGGCAUCCACCAGGCUGCCCUCAUCUCCUACAAGAACGAGAUCCAGUUCCUCCAGGUCCUGGCGGACCAGGCGUGUCGGGAGAGGGACAAGGUGAAGGCCGACCUGGAGUGGGCUGACAGGAGGAACCUCCAGCUGGUGAGAGAGGUGGACGACAGGCAUGCCAGCAUGGAGUCGCUGAAUGAAAACAAGAUCAAGGGUUUAGAGCAGGAGUUCCGCGAUAGGCUCACUGCCCUGCGCAGCGAAUCGGAGCAGGAGAGCGAAGUCCUGCUGCAGCAGGUGGAGCAUGAGCGGACCAAACUGCGAGAGGAAUUGGAGGCCCUGAGGGCACAGGAAACCAGUCAGCAGGAGGAAACCUUCAAUGCCACUCAGGAGAACAGCCGAUUGGAGGAAGAGGUGAGCCUUCUGAAGGAGAAGCUAAGUGAGGCGGAGACCACUGUCUCCAGACUGCAGAGAGAUCUGGACCAGCUCCUACAGGACAAGUUUGGGAGCCUGGAUCCAAACAGCAGUGGGCUGCUGAACCAGGAGGAGCGCUUCACUGAGAUCAUUAAGGAGUACGAACAGCAGUGCUGGGAGCUGCGAGACAGGAAUGACGAGUUGAACUCAGAGCUGGAGAUGUUGAAGAGCCAGGGGACAGGAAAGAGAUCCAGGCGAGCGAGGGACAACACAUCCACCUGGGCCAGCCAACAUUCUCUAACCACUGAGUCAGACUCGGAUGACCCUGACAUGAAGAGAGGCACAUCACCCCUUGCGAGGAAAACACUACAAGUGGCCAACAAGAAUGGCCUAGGUUCUCUGGAGAGUCUGCCUGGCCCUGUUGUGAGUAUAGAGACAGAGCUCGCCAUGGAGCAACUCAAGGAGAGACACAGUCAGGAGGUUCAGGACCUGAAGAUAGAGCUGGAGACCAAGGUGAACUUUUACGAGCGCAACCUGGAGCUCAUGAGGAGGAACAUGGAGGUGGAGCGCAAGGACAUCUCCCAGGGCUUCAAGGUGGAGAUCAGCGAGCUGGAGGAGCAGAAGGCCCACGCCGAGGAGCAGGUGAAGAAGCUCAAGGAGGCCGUGGAGAAGAUGCAGGCCCAGCUGCAGAGCAGCGCCGGAGGCUGGGGGCCGGGCUGGGGGCCGGACCAGGAACGGAGGGCCCAGAGGGAGCAGGCUGAACUGGAGCAGAACUACGCCAGAGAGAUCAGCAACUUGGUCCAGAGGCUCACCUCAGAGAAAGACCAUCUGGAGGCAGAGCUGAAGCUUAAGAUGGACCAGGAAGUGCUGCUCGUUAGGGAGGAGCUGGAGCGCCGCGCGUGUCAGACGAAGCGGCGUCACGGCGAGGCCCAGCGCGGCCUCCUGCGCCAGCUGCACUGUGAGCGGCAGCGCCUGCAGGAGCAGCGGGGCGCCUGGGAGGCACAGCUGCAGCAACGAGAGCAGGAGCACCAGGCGGAAACGCUGGCCGGCGUGGAGAAAGCGGGCCGGGAGCGGGCGGACGCCUGCGGGCGGUUGACCCUGGAGAGGACCAGGCUGGAAGAGGAGCACCGGGAGGAGGUCCAGAGGCUUGAGGAGCUUGCGUGCGGCUUGCGGGCGGAGCUCGCCGCGAAGGAAGACGGCCACGUGCGAAACGACCGGUUGGAGGCCAGCUUGGGUCAGUGUCGAAGGCAUUGCGGCCGGUUGGAGGCGGAGCUGGAAGACUGGCGUGCGAAGUGCUCCGAGCUCGAGGCUAAGCUGCAGGUCGUGUCGGCGCACGUCGAGGAUGGAGCGGAUGGCUUGAAGUCUUCAGAGGCCCUGGUGGAUGUACUGACAUGUGAGAAGCGCUCGGUUGAGGAGGAGCUGUGGGGGGUCAGGGAGAGGGAGGAGAAGCACCUCGCUCGGAUGGCGCAGUUAAAAGAGGAGCGGGACACUUUCCAGUCUGAAUCGGAGAUUCUUCGCCAGGACAAGGAGGUCAUUGCUGGGAAUUGCAGUCGUCUGUCCAACGCCUUUGUCCAACAGCAAGCCCAGCUCAGGGCCAAAGAACAAAGCAUAGAUUCCCUCAGAGGGGAGUUGGAGAGCGCACAGGUGGCACUCCAAAAUAAAGUUGCCAGUCACCUAAAGCAGACUUCUGAACUAGAAUCCCUAAGGACAGACAGGGCCAAGUUAAUACAGGACCUGAAAGAACAGGCAAUGGCUGUUGACCACUUACAGCUGAAUCUUGACAGUGUCACUAAAGAGUUGGAAGAAUGUGAAAAGGCAGUGAUGAGUCUCCAGGGGACUUUAAGGCUGGAACAGACCAAAGUCACAGACAUCCAGUUGUCCUUGGACAAAGAACGGGAGGAAAGCGAUUAUCUUACGCAGGAGAAUACAAACUACAUCCGGCUGGCAGACCAGCUUUCCUCCCAGAUAGUAGAGAUGGAGGUGGAGACGUCAAAACUCAGAAGCCACAUCCAAUACCUCGCAUCCCGACAGGAAGACGCAAACGACCAUGUGUCAGAACUUAGAACCCAGCUCGAAGCCAAAACCACACAUGAGGAUCACCUUCGGAUUGAGAACAAGCGGAUAACAGAGUUGCUGGAGAUGGCUGAGGCCUUAUCCAAAAAGCACGGCGAUGAAGUCCAACUUUUGACCGCACAGUCGGAGGCCGGGGACAGAGAGCCGGAUUCCGUCCGGGAACAGGCUGACGACGGCUCCGACCAGCUGCAGCAAGCCCUCUUGGACUCCCAGGCAGAGCUGCAGGGUGCGAAGGAGGCCUUUGAGUGGGAGAAGGGAAGGAUGAAGGAGCAGCUAGUAGAGAUGGAGGGACUGGUCAUUGCUCUGGAGAUGGUGAUGGGCCCACCCAGUCAACUCAGGACUCAGUUGGAUGAGGUCAAUACUGAGAAUACUGCACUGAAGGACAGACUUGUCAUGUUGCAACAAGAUAUCCAGAGACUCGAGGAGGUGAUCAACAAAAAGAAAAAGAAACUGGAUGAAAUGGAGCGGCAACAUGAGAAUAGCAGAGAAGAAGAAGAGCGACUGCACAAAGAGAACACCAAGUACCGCGAGGAGGUCCUGGACCUGAGCGGACGCAACCUGCAGCUGAGCAGCGAGAACGCCGAGCUGAGCUCCCGUCUCCGUGCCGACCAGGGGGCGGUGCAGAUGCUGACGGAGCGCCUGGCGCAGGUGUCCCGGCAGCAGGAGGAGGGGGCGGCCUCGGCGAGGCAGCUCCAGGAGACCUCCGCCCAGCAGGAGAGGGAGAGGCUCCACCUGCAGGCAGGCUGGCAGCACGACAAGGAGCUGCUGGAGAGGGAGCUGGCCACGGCCAAGGAAAAGCUCAAGCGUUUAUCGGAGGUGGAAUCGGAGCUGACCAGUCUGAACCUGAAGUACCAGUGGCUAGAGAAGGACAAGGAGAAGCUGUUGAGGGAGGCUGAGGAGAGGAACCUGAAGGUUGAGAAGCUCCAAGAAUCUGUAAGUUCUCUGGACUCUCAGACAGAGCUUCUACGCUCCCAGCUCCAGGCUGUCAGUCAGGAGAAGAACAGCCGCAGCCAGGAACUGAUAAACCACCAGAAGACGCUGCAGAGAGCCCAGGACAAGGUGGAGGAGCUAGAAGCCGACAUGGCGAGGUUGAGCCGGGAGAAGGACGAGCUGCGGCUGUCUCAGAAACGGCACGAGGAGGAGGCCACCCUGGCCCUCCAGGGGGAGCUCAAGCACGUGCAUCUCCAGAACCAGGAGCUGCUCCACAGGGUGGCUGAGCUGCAGACCCAGGAUGUGGAUCUUCAGAGGCUGACGGAGGACUACCUAACCCUCAAAAACCACCAGGAACAGCUGGAGGCAGCCAGGGUGGAGGUUCAAGACCAGGCAUUCAGAGCUGACUCAGCCUUGAGCCUGGCCCAGGCCCACCACGCCAGGGAGUUGCAGCAACUGAGGGAGCAGGCGGGCGCUGGGUCCAGGGAGCAGCUGGCACACCUCCAGGCUCAGCUGGCCGAGGAGCAGGGCCGGCGGCAGCAGCUGGCGGAGACCAUCCGCACACAAGCCAAGCAGGCCAGUGCCCAGCUGGGCCUGCAGCAGGAGCGCUAUGAGAAGGUGAUGGAGAACAUGCAGGAGCGUAUGGAAGAGGUGGAGACCAAGCUGAGGAGUGUCCGCAUGAUGCUGCAGGAGAAAGUGAUCCAGCUCAAGGAUCAGCUGGCAAAAAAUGCUAAGUCAGACCUCUUGCUUAAGGAUUUAUAUGUUGAAAACUCCCAACUGAUGAAAGCGCUCCAGGUCACGGAGCAACGACAGAAGGGUGCCGAGAAAAAGAACUUUGUGUUGGAGGAGAAGAUCAACUCCCUGAACAAACUCCUUCGUAAGAUUGCUCCCGCCUCCCUCACGGCAUAGGAACGUGCCCUCCUGCUGCUGAGGACCGGCCAACUUCCCCAAAGACUUUGACCACUGUGAAACACCGUCCCUCUCCUCUUACCUGGCUCAGUAUUGGAUGAUAGUCCCAGUGAACCAUCAUUGCUCAGUAUCAACAACAUCUCGCCUAACGUCCAUCUCCAUUAGGCGGCUGAUGUGAAUGCACAUACCAAGCACGGGUGUACCUGUAGAGCAGUGGAAAAAUAACAUCUGAUGUGUAAGCCACCAGGGUAUUAUACAUGUGGUUUUGUUUUAUGUGUAUAGGUAUAUUUUUCUAUUACCAUUAUAUUGAGGUCAACAAUAUGAGGCCCUUAUUAAUGAAGGUCAGUCUUAAGUAUUUUAUUUGGUCUUUGAAAGACAUUUUACCUUUUUUAUUCCCAACCACAACUGAUUUCAACGGUUCUAAGAUACUGUAUGUACUUUGUUAAUUGCAGCCCAACUUGCAUGUAUAGACAAUAGCAGAAAAACAUUAGGCAAGGGUACAUUUGUGUUUUGAGUUAACCAUGGUUCAUUGUGACCAUCCUCCAGAAUCGUUACUGUAGUUACUUCGUGAAUGACCAGAUUGUGUAAAAAUAACAUUCCAGGUUUAUCACCAAACUUCGAGGUGCUAUACUUAUGCGAGGUCUGAGACUGUAUGAGGUGAGUGGUACUAUAUGUGAAAGGCUGAGACAUGAUUGAAUAGCUCACACUUCAAGGGAAAUCACUUUUUAUUGAGGUGUUUGUUACAAUCUUUUAAAUAUAAAACUCAACCAAAAGCACAGUAUUUAUUAGAUGUAAAGUUUUGAUAAACACCUUUUUGUAAAUCUGCACAUUUUUCAAUCGUAUUGCACUGCUGUACAGUCAACAGUUUGAUUCCUAAAUUAUUUGAGAACACAAUUACAAGAUGGUGCUCCAACUGUAGUUAUUGUAAAGAGACAUAAUGUAACCUGGAAUUGUCCUGCACUACACAAUCAUUGAAUCAUUGUAAAAACAAGCUGACCAAGUAAUAAAUGUCCCCCAAC